GACAGAGAAGCUGGCGGGCGGGCAGCGGGUCUGGGCCGUGCCAUGGGCUUGGCACGCCUGCUGGCCCCGCACCUGGUACCUGGCUCCGCGCUGCUGCUGGUGGCGUGCUCAGUGGCCAUGCUGAAGCAGCUGGAGGGUGAGCUGCACGCCACCUGCCCAUCACUCUGCGUGUGCGGCCUGCCCACCUACCUG